AUGGAGAGAGGCAACGAGACACGCAUUCGCGAGGCCAUUGACAACAUUAUUCUUGAUGAGUUGGCACCAGUGGAGCAGGUGCGCGAAGGUCGUGAGAUGAUUGAUGCGCUCCGUCAGAAGGAGGACGCUCUUGCAGCACAAAUCGAGACCUUUGACGCCGACAUCGCUGAGACUAUAGCCAAGGUUGACCGUCUAUGGUCAACGCGGGCUAGGGAGCAAG